CGGCUCGGGGAGGCUCGGGGAAGCUCGGGGCGGAUCGUGGGCGCCCGACGGGCAGGGGGAUGUUGUCAGCGGAGCCCCCAGCCCGCCUAGUCCGGCCCAGUGACGGUGCAGUCGCCGCUCGGAGCGGACGUGUGGCGUCUCUUGCGAACCGCUCGCACAUCGCGAUACGAAACUAUCGAACGACGCAACGUAUCUUUAUGGCGGGAAGUUUGUGAAUUUCGUGUGAAUUCCGAUAUAUUUUUGUGUUGUGCUAAUUAUGGGACGCAUCUAACCGCGGCCGAGGCGGACCGAUUGGAACGUUUCUCUCCAGUGUCAAUCAGUGAACGAGUCAAAAAUGUUUGAGUAAAUUCAGUGUGGAGUUCAUUCAACUCGGUACAGUUUGUGAAUUAAAUCUGUAUUGUUCGUGACCUGUGCCCUCUGUGAUGUGGUGACAGUGACAGGUGCGCGGAAAUCAAGAUGGCGCUCAAGAUGGCGCUCGAGAUGUUGACAGCUGUCAUGUUUGCCGCCAUCGUGUGUCACAGCGUGUCGGCUGAAAGAGAUCACGCGUCAGCAUUAGUAGGAAAUACGGCGAAGUUGCGAUGUCGCAUCGACGGCAAAUCGUGCGGAGAAAUGCACAGUAUCAAGUGGUAUAAGGCAGAUAGUCGCGUCUACGUGUAUUCAGCUUCAAAGGACGCCGCCAUCAACCGUCCUGAAGGGGAUAUGAUGGACAGAAUGUCAAUAUCUCACGAACCGAAUGCGACAUUUGCUGAGCUGGUGAUCACCAACGUGAAGCCUGAUGAUGAGGGCGUCUACCGCUGUGAGAUAACCUACCUCCAAGUCGGGGAGGACUGCAACACAGUACAGGUCACCGACUUUCAUACCUACAUAAAACCUCAGUCAGUAGAAGUGAGAACUGGUGACGGGCAAGUGCUGGCAGAUGGUGCUGUGCUGGGUCCUUUGUUGGAACGGACAAGGGUCAACGUGUCCUGUCUGGUGCGGGAAGGGAAACCACAGCCGAAGGUCGCCUGGUAUUUCAACGGCAAGGAAAUGUUAGAUGCUCAAACAACGACACCGGACAAAGCGACGGUGCAGCACGUGUUGCCUAUGAUAGUGACUCGCUACGAACUGCGCGGCGAACUCAAGUGCGUCGUCUCCUCCGCCGCUCUCGACGAGCCCAUCGUCAAGAAGAUAGAACUCGAUGUCAAAGUUCCUCCAAACAAAAUCUCAGUGACUGGAGUGGGUGGUCACGCCACUCAAGGCACACUACUGACGCUGAUGUGCGAGGUGUCCGGCGCACGUCCGGCCGCGCACAUUGAGUGGUACAACGGUACACAAAAGUUAAUAAAGGACGACAAUAACAUACAGCAAAAGCAGAUAGAAAUGAGUGAUUCAACAUUCGUGACUAAAUCCAACUUGACAUUUGAGGCGACUCGUUUCGAGAACGGCCGCAAGUUCCGCUGCGAAGCAAUCAAUGACGUCAUGGUUGAAACCAAAGAACAUCCCAUACAUGCCACCAGAGAACUGGAAGUUUGGUAUCCACCGCUCGUACACUUAGAACCAAAGAACAUAACAGUGGUUGAAGGUGCGAAAAUUCUGCUCAAAUGUGAAUACGAAAGUAACCCAUCGUCUCUCAAUGAAGUUAUCUGGUACCGCAACGGUGAGAAACUGAACGUGAACAGUUCUCACUAUGAGGGCGGCACGACGGAGCAACACGCUCUUAUCAUCGUGUCAUCCCGUGGAGAGGACCUCGGUAACUACAGUUGUCUACUCGCCAACACGGUGGGACAGGGCACUACUAACGAGACCAUACAUGUUAAUAUACUGUAUAAGCCUGAAGUGCGACUCAACAUGAGCGCUCAAAGCCCAAUCUUGGAAACUGAACACAGGAACGUUACCCUUACUUGUGAAGUGGUCUCCGGCAAUCCUCCCGUGUUGGAUGAGGUCAUCUGGUAUCUGGACGGGGAAAUGCUGAAGCACUUACCUGAAUGCAAUGGAACUAAUGAUAGUCUGUGCAAUGACGUAGACCCGUCAAUGCUUCUGCUGCAAGACACCACAAAGAGUUUCCAUGGCAACUAUUCGUGUAAAGGCAAGAACUACGCUGGUUGGGGCAACGAGAGCGCCAAAACUGAACUGGUUGUUAACUAUCCCCCAGGUCCGGCAAAGUUGACCUACUCUCCGUGGCGCGUCAUAAAGGGUCAGUCUUUAGUUGUCAGCUGCAGUGUUGAAGAGAAAGGGAGACCUGAAUCAAACAGAUUCCGAUGGCACCGCGGAGGUCGGCUGAUGAGUGACAUCGUGUCCGCUGACUGGACCAUAGACCCUGUCACACUGGAUCACCGCACCAACUUCUCUUGUCGGGGAAACAAUUCUGCCGGUGAAGGAGAACCGGCUUUUGCAAAUAUUGAUGUAUUAGCACCACCAAGCUUCAAAUACGCGAUGAAUCACUACAGCGGAGCUCUCUAUAGAUCUCAGAACAUCUCUCUGUCGUGUACAGUGGAGUGUGCUCCUCUCUGUAGUGUGCAAUGGCUGAAGGACGGUCAAGUUAUAGACCCUGACAAAACUGAUAGAUACUAUGUGGUGGAAAGGAAGAUAGAACCUCAAGUCAAUCGGAAUGACUUCGAAGCUACUGAAUCUACUUUGCACUGGAACAUGUCAGCGUGGGCGGGCGGCGUGCUGUCACGAGCUGCCGACGUGGCGCGCUACACUUGCCGCUCCUCGCGCAACGCCGCCGGCCCUCCUGUUAACAGUACCACCAAAUUUGCUGUCGAGUAUGAACCAGAAAACAUAACUGUGACGCCGCAAGUGGUAUCCGUCAUAGAGAACAAGAUACCGGGAAAAGUUGUCUGUUCAGCCAAGGGUUUCCCGAUGCCGAGUUACUCAUGGCGACGAGAACUAUCGAGUAAGAACCAGGGCAAGGAGCACAGCAACCGAUCGCUCAUCCUAUCGUCUUCUAACACGCUGCUACUGGGCUCGGUGUCGAGGAGGGAUGGCGGCAAUUACAUCUGUGAGGCGUACAACAAACACGGCUCAGUUAACACGUCGGUGUAUUUAGACGUUAUGUUCGUGCCGGAGUGCGGCAUCAAGCAGAUUGAGAAGGACGGUGAACAACUGCUCGUCUGCACUGCUCACGCAAACCCGGCUGAGGUAUCAUUCAAAUGGAAACUGAAGAAUGACAACGACAGCAUAACGGAUGAGCGCAUCUGGCAGUCGGGGCUGCAGAGCUUCCUGCGGCUGAGCUCCAGCGUCGAGGUGUACCGCACCUACAAGUGCUACGCCAACAACUCCGUCGGAGUCUCCGAACCUUGCGAGAGAGGAGUUGAAGGUAACAAGGUAUGGUGGAGGGAUCAGUAUAAACUCCUGCUGUUCGGUGGCAUUGCUCUCGCGAUCCUGGUAAUCACUGUCAUCCUCUGUAUCAUCAUCAUCUGCAUCUGCAGAAGAAUGAGGGCCAAAUCCAAAUAUAAUAAUCCCGUGGAAUUAGAGGAACGUGAGAAUCCGGAUGGUAGCUGUCUAAAUGAAGUAUCCAUAGCCCAGUCGAUCAUAUCACAAGCUUUGCCCGCUUUAUCGCCGCGCAUCAACCUAUCAUUUAGCCCGAAAUCAUCAGACAGAACCAGACUAGUCGAUUCGCAAAGCUAUCCUCACAAUUUAGAAAUGAACAGAUUUAACGAUAAACCAAAUACUAGCAGCCUCCAAGCAAGUCUCUCACAAUUAGAAGCAACUAUCAAUUCGAAUAAAACAAAAUCUGAUGAAGAAAAUAAAAUUGAAACACCUAAAGCCGAUAUAAGAAAUGAUAAUAAACCACAAACAGUGACAACACCAAACAAAUGGCCACUAAAACCUGGUGUACUAGUCCAUGUUAAUUCUAAUCACACACUUAGUCCAAAGAAUCAAGCACGUCUUCAAAAUAUAAACAAUAUUAAUACAAACAUACCAGUAGAUAAAGGAGAAAGUAAUCUAGGACUAUUAGAAAGAAAUCAAGAAAGAACAGAAAGUAACAAGACACCACCUAAAGUAGAAUAUUCUAAAAAGAAUGGAAAACCUAAAAGACAUUCUAAAAACUUAAUGUCAGGAAUCAUCAGAAAUUUAAGAGGAAUAAACGAUAAUGGCUUAGAUGAAGACACUGGAAAAUACAAGAAAAUCAAUAAAUCAAAUAAGAGAGCCGUUUCGUUAAUGAAUUUGGGUAAGACUGGAUACGGUCUGCCUAAAAAAAGGAUAAGAUCAUUCUUUCAAAGCGAAACCCCGAAUGUGAUAGUUACUGAAGGAGUUGUGUCAUUUAAAAGGCCCGAUAGAAUUACUUCGACAAACAGAGUUGAGACACUAAACGAUGUCAAUUCAAGGAAUACGAGAAAGAGAAAAAAGCCUGGAGAUAGCCCACCUACGAAUGGCGUAGAUAAUGCGGCGAACGGCGGCCUCGGAGCGGACAAUCCCGGUCUCUACGAGAAUCUACCGUUCCACGGCCUACAACAGCCUCCCAACAAGCCUGUACAAGCGAUACAACCAAGAGUUGUUGAAACUAACACAAAACAUGUCAAAGGGAUCGAACAUUUACAAAAACAGUUGACUACAAAUCCAUCGUUCACUCCAAGAGUCGUUUGCCCGCCGUUCAUGCAAAAUUAUACCUUAACACCUCCGCAGAAUGCUCAAUAUCAAGCUUCUUAUGGGAUACCAGUACUAUCACCGAUACAACAAAUGUUUCCUCUACAUCAAACUGUUCUAUUAAACCCUUAUUUACCUCAAAUGCAACCUUCAUACUUAAAACAAUUCCCUACAAUAGAUGAAGAAGUAAGCGAACCUGAAACAAGAAAGUUCAGUUCAUUAAAUACCAGAAAUAAUAAAAAAUUACCGCAUUUUCAAUCAAUGAGAAUAGUAAGAAAACGAAAUAUUGAAAGAUUCUAUCCCAAUACUGUUUAUGGAGAGAAUUUCAAUGAAAUUAAUAACAACAAAAACACAGACGAAUCGGAUAACGACAAAGAUGUAUCGACAAAUGAGGACGCGAUUUAUGCUAAUUAUCCGUCAUUGCUCAAAAUUAAAUCAAACAUAAGCGGUGUAGAGCAAUUUGAAAAUUUAACAGAUUCUAUUCAAGUAUGCGAAGAGACAAAUUAUCAGAUGAAUCGUUCGACUAAUUCUCUAAACGCACCAAUUCCAGCUCCACGAAAAAAACUUUCCCCAUUCAAUUCUCCUUUAAAAUCUGAUCAUGUUUACGUUAACUUGUCAAUGCCUCUCAUCAAUUCAAGACUAAGAUCAUUCGAUGUGGUAGAUGGUCCAGUCAGAUCAUCGAAAUCAGUUGAUGACGUAUCUAAGAUUGAAAAAUUUCCAAUUCGUAACACAAGAAGUAAUUUAACUAUAACUAGAAUUGAUAAUACCAAUAAAGAAACUGAAAGUGAUAUAGAAUCUGAAAGUAAAGAAGAUAAUGGUACAAAUGUAAUUAAAGAUACUCAAAAGCCAAAUAUCGUUGCUGCGACUCCUAAAAGAAGUACAGUAAAUACUUCUAUAACUUUACCGUCAACUUCUCUGGUUAAAUCAGUAGUGAGUCAACUAAACGAUCAAGCGGGUUUAAAUAAAGUUGGAUUACCAAAAAAGCAAGUCAUAAUACCAAACAAAACAUUACAAAUACCAAAACUAGCUGAAAAGCCGAUACCAAAAAAAACUUUAGUUAAGCGUAGUAAUUCUGUCCAAAGUGACUUAAUAAAUAGUGAUAUCGCCCAGAAUACUAACAUACUUCAACAACAAUACAUGCAAAAGCGAAAUCAUUUUACUAACCUAAGCUCAAAAGGGAAAAACAAGAAAAACUUCCAAAUACCUAUACAAAAACAUCAUAGUUUCUGUUACUUUCAACCUAUAAGAGUCGAUAAACGAAUUCCAGUAGACCAAGAACGAUCGUAUAACAACACAAUAGGUCCUGUUAUAUACCAAACUGGAGAUGUACAAUAUUACACUAAGACAUUAAACAGAACGAGAGAGAAGAACAGUCAAAAAUUAAAUCGUUUAAAGAAAUCAGAAAGCUUAAGAGAGAAAUUAUCUUGCGUCGGUAUCUACGAUAACUACGAGAAGCCAAAUUACCCGGAACCCGAAUACAAUGAAUCUGAAAGAAAAUCCUACUUGCAAUUGUUAAAAGGGAACUACAUAUCUAGUUCAUCGAGAAAUAUAAACCCUGAACAUAUUUGUAGCUCCAAUUUUAAUACUAUGGGUCCCAAAGAUGAAAGAUCUAAACAUAAAAAAUUAGUUUACGCUGAUCUAGCACUAGGUAAUCAUAAUUUAAAAUUUAAAAAUACAGUAAAUUCUAAUAAACAUUUAUACGAUACGUACUCUAUAGGGAAUACUGAUAAGGAUAGCAACAGUAGUCUUAAGAACAAUGUAGUCAGCAGUCAGAGGAAAAACAACCAAAGAAGCGACUACGCUACGCUAAAAUUCAACGAGAUCGACGUCUGAGAGGGCCGCUUUGCCAAGAGUGACACGUACAUUUAUUAAAUCUAAGCCAUUCAGACCUGAAGACCAAUUCGUGUACGCAGACGUCGACCUCAAGGACUACGGGCCAAUUAACUACAAGGCAGCCUCAAUCUACGCUCAGAUGAAGAAAGUUAAAGAACAACAGAAGAUGCAAGAAA